UUGAUACACACACAUGCAAAAACACUUGACACAAUGUCAGUAUUUCAUGAAACGAAAGUUUAAAAGCUUCUGAAAAUUACAAUCUAACUCCAAUAACAGCGUUUGAACUCCAUUGUUGUAUUGUUUACCCGGAACAAAGCUCUACUAAAAAACGACAGAUCGCUAUAUUUCUCUAGUGAACUGCGACGAAACAGCUGUUCUGCUACUGCUGCUGGAUGGUUACUUUGACAGGGAGGUCGAAGGAUAAGCGAAUGUAUCAUCUAAACUUAACGCUUUUAAAUGAUAUCGCGAAUAUUCCGUGGAAAAAAUGAGAAUGUCGCUGUCAAGAGAAAAUUGCAAAUCGACACGUUGAAAAUCUUUAACGACAAUGUAGUAGAAUUAAGGGAAAAUUUUGAGUAUCAAGUACAAUUCAAUGCUGGGGAAAGGAGAAUGGCUAUUAUGGUUUCUUUGUCUCCGGAGUUUCCACUGGAAAAGCCAGUACUCAAAGUUUCUCCUCCAAUAAACCAUCCCUGGUGUAAUGAACACAGCGAAAUCAUCAGUGCACCUGGGCUGCUAAAUUUCACAGUGCACAGUGAUCUUGGUCGGGUUGUUCAAGCUAUCAUUAGAGAAUUCAGUAAAAAUCCUCCGCAACUAUUGGAAGAUAUCUCUCCAGGAUCUGUACAAUCACAUAGAGGUGAGCAACGAAAAAAAAUAGAAAGAAACAAAAUACAUAUCUAUAACAAUGCCAUUACAGAUCUGCAAGGAAGAAGUUCUCCAUCUUUCUCCCUGCAACAGUAUCCUGAAAUUCCACCCAAGUCGUACAAUUCUUAUUACGCCACACAGUUUCCGCAGUAUUCAUCCGCUAGUGGAAGUACUUGCACUUACACUUACAAUUACACCCAUUCAGGUAAUCAGUAUGUAGAGGAUGGUCAUGCGGUCGCGCGGGACGAUCAUGCGAAGUUUGGAUCGUCGUCGCAGCAUUCUACGUACACGACAAGCUCAAGAGGUGGUUCACUGCAUAAUACAGACCCCACAGGCUACAACUCGAACCACCAGGGAACGUAUUUAAAUUCCCAUUACGCAAACGCUAAUUAUCAGCAGCCGUCGUUGCAGAAUCAGGUUCAAACUAAGGCUCAGAGUGUAGCAUUCCCAGAACUGAACAGCUUGUCCAAUGAGGAAUUGAAAAGACUCAGUGAAGAUGAUGACAAUUUAGAUGAAUUCUUGGACAAACAUUCCGAACUAAAAGACGUUAACUUGGCUAUUGAUGAUGCAAUAGAUUGGGUCCAGAAAACUGCCGAGGCCAAUGUAGCCAAAGAACCCGAGCUUAGAGAAUUGCAGUCUGAUGUAGCAAAUAAAGUGCAGAUAGUUGCUACACUGAAAGCCAGAUAUGAUCAGCUGAUACAACGAUACAACAAACUAUCAGAAGUGUUUACUCCGGAUCACAUAAAGGAAUGCUUGAGGAAGGCAGCGGAUGAAAGUCACGAGGAGAGUGAAAGAAUAGCGGAGAACUUUCUGAACAGAAAGAUCGACGUGGAACGGUUCCUCAGCACGUACAUUGAAUGUAGGAAAUUAGGCCAAGCGAGGCGAACUAAAGAGGAGAAGCUGGCGCAUCAGCUGAACGAAUUGAAACGGGCCGGCUACUAAAAUUAAUGUAUAAUCACGUCUUUUUUCUAUGAAUCGAAUUGUAAAUAAUGCCUAGAUAAAUUAAACGAUAAUGUGAAUUCGAACGGCA